UAACUGGAAAGGUACAACACUGCUUGUUAACUCUCAGAAGGAAAUUGUGCACAUUAGUUCAGACAUUGAAAAAAAACUUAGACAAAGACAAUUCUUUCUUAGAUAUUUUUCUUCCACAUGAAAUCUUUCAAACAGGUCUGGAUUGAUAAAUGAUUGUGUUUUAACAUUUGUUCACAACAACAAUGCUUCUCUUGAGUUACAAUAUAAGGGUUGGGAGCAUUAAACCAUAAUCUCUUCACAGUGGCCAUGAUUCAGCCAGCACUUCCACUCCUGCUACUGGCAGCCAUGUCCUCACCAGUGUUUGGGACUGAGAUAUCAGUACUAGAGGGAACCUCUGUUACCCUUGUCUGCACAUACCAUUUGGAUAAAAAGCUUGAGACAUGCUGGGGCAGAAGUUGUGGAAGUUUUCCGUUUACUGAUCCCAUAAAGGAAAAUAAAUCCAAAUAUAAAAUUAACGCUGAAGUUGGAAGAGUGAAUCUCACAAUUUUAAAGCUACAGCCGAGAGACCGUGGGAGCUAUUGCUGCAGAGUCAAGAUCCCUGGAUGGUUCAAUGAUCUUAAACAAUUCUACAGCCUGAGGGUAGUCAAAGGUUGUGUGAGGGACCUACUGGACGAAGUCCAUUUUCUGGGGAACAAUAUUGCGAAUCAGCCAUUUACAACCGAAAAUGCAAGUCAGUGCAGGCAGGAAUGCACCAAAAAUGACACGUGCCAGUACUUCACAUUUGUUGAUGAAAAUGCAGGAAUAGAAGUCCACAGAAACAAAUGUUUCCUGAAGGCCUCAACUGGUGAUACGCCCGAAAUUACAAUACAGCACCUCCAACAUGCAACCUCAGGCUACUCUCUGAGAAACUGCAGUGGUAAAGUCACCUACUCAGCCAAAAAGUACAGCCUUGUCCUUGAGGAGAAAAACUGGACCGAAGCACAAGAAUACUGCACAAAACACUACACAAACCUGGCCAUCAUACGCACAGAAGAGGAUUGGAAGGCAAUUCAAGCCUCUUUGGUGGAUUGUGCAGCUCAAAGACAGUAUAUGUGUCAACGAGUUCAUCAUGGUAAUGGAACAACAGAGAAGGAGUAUGAGCUGAUGCCUGGGCCAAAGACUCAGCAGGAUGCUGAGACAGACUGCAGGACAGUUGGCAGAUUACUGGCGAGUAUCUGUAACCAGAAAGAACAGGAAGCCUUUGAUGAGUUGACUACAGAGGCCACCUGGAUUGGACUUGAGCACAACAAAAACAACACACUAUGGGAAUGGUCAAACGGAGAACCAUUUCAGCAAAGGGAACUUACCUGGGGAGAUGGAAACUGUCAACAGCUGAACUCAGACAGAAAAUGGACUCCAAAAGAUUGCUCUAAUCAAAGUGCUUUCCUUUGCUAUGGAGAUGAACGUCCACUUAACACCACUGGGGAUUUGAUCAUUCCUGUUACCCCUGAAACCACCAGCCCUACUUCAACUGGACCUCCCUCUAUCAAGACGUCCACCACAACACCUACCACUUUACUACCUACUACUACAAUUGGACAGUCCAUCACCUCACCAACUACCACUACUAUAGGACAGUCCACCACCUCACCAACUACCACUACUAAUGGACAGUCCAUCACCUCACCACCUACCACUACUAAUGUACAGUCCACCACCUCACCAACUACCACUACUAAUGUACAGUCCACCACCUCACCAACUACCACUACUAUAGGAACAGGAAUUCCACACCCUCCCCCAGUUUUACAACUUCUCCACUCCAUCCUGGUGAGUGUCAGACAAGAUUACCUGCACUACUUCAACGAGUCCAAGAGUUGGAUCAAUGCCCUGAAGUUCUGUAAAAGUCAUCACUCCAACCUGGUACACAUCACCAACCAGACUGUGCAGACUGACUUGACCCAGCUCCUGGCUAAUGUGGAGCUGCCAUGUGGGGGGGUGUGGAUUGGUCUGGAGCGGUCCAUCUUUGAGUGGAGCGCCCCCUGGCUGUGGACCAGUGGGGAUGUUGAUAAGGUGGUGAAGUACAAAGAGUGGCACAGCUGCUUCCCUCUCAACCCCAUCAAUUACCACUGUGGUAAGAUGGUCCGGGUUGACAACGGAGAACUGAAGUGGCUGGAUGCUUCCUGUCAUCAGGAAUUACCCUUCAUCUGUCAAGAUCUCCACUAG